AUGGAGCAGAUACUGGUUGGAGCUGCGGCCACUGGUCUUCUGGGAAUGUAUUUCAAUGCGAAAACACAGCUUUCAGAGGACCUACGUCUUCUGUCUGCGACUAAUAAGGUGUCGAGAGCAAUGGCAAACGCUGAAAAAUUGGGUAAGAUGUCACUGUUUCACGUCCUAGAAGACAAUGUGCGCCGGACGCCUUCGGCACCGUUUCUCUUCUAUGCGGAAAACGGCCAUAGUGAAACAUAUCAAGAGACUUAUCACAACGUUUGUCGUAUGGCAUCAUUCUUCGUCUCGAAAGGGGUACAGUCCAGAGAUAUAGUGGCAGUUGCCUACACAAAUAAGCCGGCAUUCAUCCAUAUCUGGCUGUCCCUCAACGCACUAGGUGCUGUGCCAGCCUUCGUCAAUUACAAUCUCAGCGGAGAUCCGCUGCUGCACUGUCUGAAAGUCAGCAAAGCCAGCUUGUUCAUCGUCGAUGACGAUCUCGUCCAUAAUGUUUACCCGUCCAAGAACAAGAUCGAUGAGAUGGGCUUUGACACUGUCUUUUUCGAUGACCGACAAUUGGAGGCGAUUGGGCGUCUCGAGAGCAAACGACCUGAUUGCGACAAUUUGAAGAACAACUUCGCGACGACGUCUUGCAUAUUUUACACAAGUGGAACUACCGGCUUCCCCAAACCUGCUCCCUUCGCCCUGUGGCGAUGGUACGGAGCUGGGAUCGCAACCGGGACGUAUCUGAAGAUGACUCCUAGAGAUCGAUUCUACACAUGCAUGCCUCUCUAUCAUGGUACCGGAAGCUCUUGCUUCAUUAUGUGCAUCUUCCAAGGAGCUUGCUUUUGUUUAGGACACAAAUUUUCCGUUUCGCGCUUCUGGGACGAGGUGCGCAGGUCAAAAGCCACCUUCAUAAACUACGUCGGAGAGACAUUGCGCUAUUUAAUGACUGCCCCACCAUCUCCCAAAGAUAGAGAUCACCUUGUGCAUACUGCCUACGGUAAUGGCCUGCGACCUGACGUGUGGGAGGCUUUUCGAGACAGAUUCGGGAUUGCAAACAUUCUCGAAUUUUAUGGUGCCUCAGAAGCAAUGGCAACCAUGUUGAAUUACAACCGAGGAUCUCUCGGAGUGGGCUCUAUCGGUCGAUAUGGGCUGCUCCAGCGCUUCCUGACACGCAAAGAUUUACUUGCGAUCCGCGUCGACAAUGCAACUGAGCAAGAGAUUCGGAAUCCAAAGACGGGAUUUUGCGAGGUCGUUGGCACGGACGAGCCAGGCGAGCUCUUGAUGAGAAUCCCGGACCCCAUCCUGUUUGCAGGCUACUACAACAAUCCAGCUGCAUCCAAAAAGAAGACUAUUGAGAAUGUACUGAAGAAGGGAGAUUUGUACUUUCGCAGUGGGGACCUCAUGAGGUAUGACAGCGAUGGUUGGUGGUACUUCGUCGAUCGCUUGGGAGAUACCUUCCGAUGGAGGUCUGAGAAUGUGAGCACAACUGAAGUUGCCGGCGCUCUCUCCCUUUACCCUGCUGUUGCCGAUGUAGCUGUCUACGGGGUCAGUCUCCCGAGACACGAUGGUCGAGCGGGUUGCGCAGCCAUCGUGACCCAGACCGACACCGGCUUGGAUAUGGCGGCCUUGGCCUGCUUCGCCAAACAUUCACUUCCCAAAUACGCAGUUCCCUUAUUUCUGAGGCUGAUGGAGGAGCUACCGAAGACGGAGAAUAACAAGCCGGUAAAGGUGCAGUUGAAGAAGGAAGGGGUUGAGCCCGGCAAAGUUAAUCAGUUGCAUACGAUAUAUUGGUUGAAAGGUGGAGUAACAGCAGGGAACGAGUACGUCAGAUUCACAGAGGCAGACUGGAAGGAUUUAGAAAGUGGCAUAGUGAAACUUUGA